CACCCUGGACGCGCAUGGAGUCGGGGCCGCGCACGCAGCUGGUCCCUCCUUCCCUGGACUCCUGGCCCAGAUUUACUAAACAAAGGCUGCAGUGUGAGGUGCAGUGCAAGAUGGAGAAGUCACCUUGUUCGGUGGACAUAAAGAACCUGGACCAAAUGUCUGGAAGGAUCCUAAACCUUACAAUGGAGAUAAUCGGCCUCCUGACUGGAGAGGAAUAUACCGUGGUAAAGAAAUCUAGUGACAUCUUGAGUAACAUGACAGACAUCAUGGAUGCUCCACCUUCUUCACAUGAAAGAGACCAUGACAAAAAGAUCCUAGACCUCACAUACAAGAUAAUUCAGCUGCUGACUGGAGAGGUCCCUCUGAAGAGCGGAGAUAUAGCUGUGUACUUCACUACAGAUGAGUGGGAAUAUUAUAAAAAGCAUGAAGAUUUUUAUAAUAGCCCAGCAAUAGUGUCGGCCAGAACCCUCCGAUUACAGCGUCGAGUAGCUCUCAAGCCUACAACUCCUACUCAACCACAACCACCAAUGGUGAAAAUGAGAAAGAAGCGAAAAUAUGUAAGGAGAAAGGCCAAGGCCUCAACCUCCCGUAGAAAGUUGAGUGAACAAGAUGAAGAUUGGCAAAUGCAGGAAGAGUAUGCAUCUGACGCUAAUGCUAACCUCAUGAUGGCAAAUAGUGAGGAUGAUGAUGAAAGUUUUGACAGCUUAUUUGUCGUUAAGUGUAGAGAGUGUGGUAAAAUGUGCCAGAACAAAGCCGCCUACAUAUCCCACCAAAAGACCCACACCCGGGUUUUCAGUUGUAACAUCUGUGGUAGAUUUUUCCCUCACAAGCUACUUCUUCUUCAGCACCAAAGGGCCCACAUAGAAUCAAAACCAUACUCGUGUGCCGAUUGUGGAAAGCGCUUUCCCCGUCCUGUUAAUCUGGAAACGCAUCGGAGAGUACACAGUGGUGAGAAGCCAUUCUGUUGUUCUGAAUGUGGGAAAAGGUUUUCCUGUGAGGCAAACCUUCUCAAACACCAUAGAAUACACACAGGAGAGAAACCAUUCACAUGUACCGAAUGUGGAAAGUCCUUUGUUAAGAGCUCACAUUUGUCCCGGCAUAAGCGCAUUCACACCGGGGAGAAACCCUUUCUAUGCACUGAAUGUGGGAAGAGCUUCACCAACAAAGAAAAUUUGGUCACUCAUAAAAGGUUUCACACAGGAGAGAAGCCCUUUCCGUGUAGGGAAUGCGGCAAAAGCUUCAAAUUUAAGUCCCACCUUAUGGUACACCAGAGAACGCACACUGGAGAGAGGCCAUUUUCAUGUGCUUAUUGUGAUCGACGCUUCAUUGAAAGGUCACAUCUCGUCAAACACCAACGUUCCCACACUGGUGAAAAGCCGUAUUCAUGCAAGCACUGUGGAAAAAGUUUUGCUCGCAGCUCACAUUGCGUAAACCAUGAAAAGACACAUGCUCGAGAGAAAAAAUUUCCAUGCCCUGAUUGCGGUAAAUGCUUUGGAUUAAAGAGUCAGCUGAAGAAGCACUGGAAAUCUCACUAAGGAAAUAGUUCUCUAUGGAUGUGCUAAGCAGACACUGAAGGGCAAUUCCAUUAGGUCCAAGAACGGGAAAAAAACAUUUUAGGGGAGAUUUAUCAAAACUGGUGGAAAAGUAGACAUUUUGCCCAUGAUAAACAAUCAGGUUGCUGGUUUCAUUUUCCAAAGCGCCUCUGAAAACUGAAAGGUGGAAACUGACUGGUUGAUGUGGGCAACAACUCUUUUUGCUUUUUUUCAGUUUUGAGACCCCAUUAUUAUAGUAAACGGUAUAUCAGUUGUAAUGUUCCCUAGGGGGCAGUGUUAAAGUAGUGUGUGACGGUAGAAUAAAUCUAGUCAUGACAGAGGGGUGCUCAUAAGGUGACAACCAAUUUUCUGGGGUCAAAAUGUGCUCAGAGCAGUUGUCCAAUUUCCAAGGGAGGAAGGGGUAAUUUAUUUUUUCUUGACUGGAAUCUCCUUUCUCCAAUGUAAAUGAUAUGAACAGGUUUUAAAAGAUGUGGAAAAAGAAGGGAGAUAAAACAUACUGUACAGAAAACCCACAAAGGAAAUGGUUUGGUGUACUAUGUUUUUCACAGUAAAAUCCAUGUUAAACAUUUGACAACCCACCAUUUGUUUCCAGCACAGGACUUC